AUGCCUGUGGCCCGAAGCCUCCGCUCGCGAGGCGCGAUGAACGAGAACGAUGAAAAUGGUCCCGUCACGCGUAUGACGCGAGCCAAGGCCGCGCUGAGCACCGAGGGACCUACUGAUGCCAUCAAGAAGCCUGCCCAGGCUAAGCGGUCGACAGCAACCGGUGGCGCCCAGCGUCCCCGCGCUGCGCUGGGGGAUGUCAGCAAUGUCAACAAGACCGAAGCGGCGGAGAUCAAGGGUGCCAAAAAGACCGCUACCAGCAAGGCGGGCCUGACGUCAAAGGCAACAAAGCAGACCGCGGGCAUUCAGAAGCUUAGCCAAACCAACUCCUCUCGAACCGGUGUCGACAAGGCUGAGCAGCAGGAGCCUCCCCGCAAGAAGGAGAAGAUCGAACCGGAGGAGAAGAAGAUUGAAGUAGAGCAGGCCAAAAGUCAGAAGCUCAAGGACGAUGUGGUGGAACCUGUGCAGCAAGAGGCUGGACUCAGCGAAGACGUUGCCGAUCUGGAUACCGAGGACCUUGACGAUCCCCUGAUGGCCGCGGAAUACGUUGUGGAGAUCUUUGACUAUCUGCGUGACCUGGAACAGACGACCCUUCCGAACCCGCAGUACAUUGAGCAUCAACCCGACCUGGAGUGGAAGAUGCGCGGCAUCCUGGUCGACUGGUUGAUCGAGGUCCACACUCGCUUCCGCCUGCUCCCCGAGACUCUCUUCCUUGCCGUCAACAUUAUCGAUCGUUUCCUCUCCGUCGAAGUGGUCGCACUGGAUCGCUUGCAGUUGGUUGGUGUCACUGCGAUGUUCAUCGCCUCCAAGUACGAGGAAGUUCUCUCCCCCCACGUCGCCAACUUCAGCCACGUUGCCGAUGAGACCUUCACCGAUAAGGAAAUUCUUGAUGCCGAGCGUCACGUUCUGGCCACCCUGGAGUACAACAUGAGCUUUCCCAACCCCAUGAACUUCCUGCGUCGCAUCUCCAAGGCGGAUAACUAUGAUAUCCAAACUCGCACCUUGGGCAAGUAUCUGAUGGAGAUCAGUCUCCUUGAUCAUCGUUUCAUGAGCUAUCCUCAAAGUCACAUUGCUGCUGCUGCUAUGUAUUUGGCGCGCUUGAUCUUGGAUCGUGGUCCCUGGGAUGCCACCCUGGCUCACUAUGCCGGCUAUGACGAGAAGGAAAUUGACCCCGUCUUCCGCCUGAUGAUCGACUACCUCCAUCGCCCCGUGUCCCACGAAGCCUUCUUCAAGAAGUAUGCCAGCAAGAAAUUCCUCAAAGCCUCCAUCCUUACCCGCCAGUGGGCCAAAAAGUACCACAAAUUGUACAUCGACAGCUCUGACUCGGAGCCGUACACUUUCAUCAAGGACGGUGAACAGUAG